AUGAAAAGACAAAAUGCAACAAAGAAACAAAAGAGAGUGGCCAUAAAACCAAUUCCUUCAGAUUUUCAGCGCCUUCAAGAGGUUCGGCAGCCCGUGACACUGAGAGAAUUUAUACCCAAUGGGUAUUUAAGUGACGAUACCGAUGAUUUCACUUCUUGUAAUGUCGUCAAAGCUGAAAAUCCUCAAGUCAUACAAAUUGGCACUGAAUUUGAGAAAAAACUCAAAGUCGAUGAUAAACCACCGGUGGAUUGUGCAACGAUCAUCAUUUUUGAUGAUGAUGAUUUAACUGUUGAGUUCAAGACCCACAAUCGACCUUUGUUUGUUAGUGCAUAUAUUCGAGAACAAAAGAUGAGUCGGGUACUCAUUGAUGGGGGAUCUGCUGUCAAUAUCAUGUCCGUACGUUCUAUGAAAGAGUUAGGAAUCUCAAGUGAUGAACUCUCCCAGAGCCGCCUCAUGAUCCAAGGAUUUAAUCAAGGGGGGCAAAGAGCAAUUGGUCUCAUAAGGCUUGAAUUGCUCAUUGGCGAGUUGUCUUCAAAUGGUAUUGUUAAGAAAGUUACUGCUGAUGACAAACCUUUCACGGAAGCCGAAACUCACUUUGCCGAUGCCAAAUUUUAUCUUCACAAAGAAGCAAAAAGAAAGGAAUCAGUAAGGGAAGAAAGUCAAGAUUUCAAAGUACCAAUUUUGCGGUAUACUCCAAGAUCAAAGAGAGAAGAAGGUCAGUCUUCUUUUAUCAGAAAUGACACAUUAAAUGUUCCGCUCACCAAGAUAGAGCCUGUUAAAAUUGAGAAGGUGAGCUUGCAAGGGUUUGUUCGUCCCAAAGAAGAACCGACAGUGGAACAUUGCUCGCUACCAACUAAUCGGACUCAAGAAGGUUUUGAUCCAGACGCCUAUAGACUUCUUGCUAAGGCGGGUUAUAACCCAAAUGAGAAGAAUACAUUGGGCAAACUCCCUCCUGAAGUGACUGGCGAGAGGACUCACGGAUUGACACCUACGCAGAAAAUAUUGAAAGAAAGGGGCUAUAAUGUUGAAAGUUCAUCGAUGGGUCUUGGCUAUCAACCGCCCUCUCCUGUUCGUAUAAUGAUCAAAAGAGCGAGUUGUAACUAUGUGAACGAAGAAAUGGAGGUCACAAGCCGAAAGAGAUCUGUGUUCGACCGAUUGGGAAAUAAGUCAAAACGUACUUCUGUGUUUGACAGACUUGGCCCGCAGCCGAAAAAUCUGAAGUCGCCCGUCUAUGAGAGAUUAGGCAGUAAGAAACAAGAGUACCAAAUUGUCAGGGAAGAAAGUUUCACUCCAAUAAAGAAGAACAGACCAAGAAAGCGAGUCUCCAAUUUCUUCAUGCACUAUGGAGACUUAUUCAAUGUAAGAAUUGAAACCAUUUUUGAAGAACAGGGUCAAGAAAGUACGGCUUCCUGUCACCAUAUUACGAUCAGUGAUCUUGAAGAAGAAGAAGAAAAUGCAGAUGACGCUCCCGCUGAACUUGAACAAGGGGUAAAAAAUACGGUUGAUGAGCUAAAAGAGAUUAACCUUGGCACAAGCGACGAUCCUCGCCCAAUUUACAUAAACUCUUGUAUGACUCCUGAAGAAGAAAAAGAGGUCGCCGUUCAUAAUUUGUCCGUCAAGCGAGGAACAAAACCUGUCAAGCAAACGCAAAGGCGUUUUCGGCCCGAAUUGAUUCCUCUGAUAGAAAAUGAGAUAAAUCGAUUGAUUGAAGACGGAUUCAUACGAGAAGUAAAAUAUCCAACAUGGAUUUCAAGCAUCGUCCCUGUAAGGAAGAAGAAUGGGCAAAUUCGAGUUUGUGUUGACUUUCGAGACUUAAACGAGACUUGCCCCAAAGACAAUUUUCCUCUCCCCAUCACAGAAUUGACGGUAGAUGCUACAACCGGGCAUGAAGCACUAUCUUUUCUCGAUGGAUCGUCUGGCUACAAUCAAAUACGUAUGGCGCCCGAGAAUGAGGAGCUAACUGCCUUCCGCACUCCCAAGAAAAUUUAUUGCUAUAAAGUAAUGCCGUUUGGCUUGAAAAAUGCUGGAGCGACAUAUCAAAGGACAAUGCAAAGAAUAUUUGAUGAUAUGCUCCAUAGAAAUGUGGAGUGCUACGUUGAUGACCUUGUGGUGAAAUCAAAGAAGCGAGAGGAUCAUAUUCAAGACCUUCGAAGAGUUUUCCAACGCCUUCGGAGAUACCAAUUAAAGAUGAAUCAUUUGAAGUGCGCAUUCGGAGUCACUUCUGGCAAAUUUCUUGGUUUCAUCGUUCAUCAACGGGGAAUAGAAGUCGAUCGAUCUAAAAUUGAUGCAAUUGUGAACAUGCCUGAACCGCGAAAUAUUCAUGAAUUGAAGAGCCUUCAAGGGAAGUUGGCAUAUAUCCGGAGGUUUAUCUCUAAUUUGGCCGGGCGAUACCAACCUUUUAGUAGACUGAUGAAGAAAGAGGUACCUUUCGAGUGGGAUGAAUCGUGUAGGAAUGCUUUUACAAGCAUCAAGGCGUAUCUCAUGAAUCCCCCAGUGCUGGCUGCGCCCAUUCCAGGAAAAUCAUUGAUUCUUUAUAUUUCCGCUCAAGAACGGUCGGUUGGGGCCUUACUUGCUCAAGAAAACAAUGAAGGUAAGGAGAAUGCACUGUAUUACUUGAGUCGGAUGAUGACAUCUAAUGAGUUGAACUACGCAUCCAUCGAGAAGUUGUGUUUGACACUUAUAUUUGUCAUUCAGAAGUUGAAGCAUUAUUUUCAUGCACAUACUAUUCGUCUCAUAUCUAAGUCCAAUCCCAUUAAAUAUGUCAUGGCAAAACCUGUACUAUCUGAUCGGCUCGCGAGAUGGUACCUCCAGUUUCAACAAUUUGAAAUUAUUUACGUACCUGCGAAGGUUGUCAAAGGACAAAUAUUGGCAGACUUUUUAGCCGAUCAUCCCCUACCUGCCGAGUGGGAGUUGACUGAUGAACUUCCCGAUGAAGAAGUGUUUAUGGUCGAAUUGCCGUGGUCAAUGUAUUUCGAUGGAGCUGCCCACCGUGAUGGAGCUGGUGCGGGAGUUGUCUUUUAUACUCCUGAAGCAGAUAUAUUGCCAUACUCUUUCACUUUAACACGCCGGUGUUCCAACAAUGUGGCUGAAUAUCAGGCGUUGAUUCUCGGUCUUGAAACGGCUGUAGACAUGAAGCAGUUGCAUCUUAGAGUCUACGGUGAUUCAAAAUUGGUGGUAAAUCAACUCCUUGGUGUUUAUGAUGUCAAGAAACCUGAAUUGAUCCCAUAUUACAAGUAUGCAAGGCAACUAAUGGGAUAUUUAGGUAAUGUCACUAUAGAACAUAUCCCUAGAAAUUUCAACCAACAAGCUGAUUCUUUGGCAAGGGUGGCGUCCAUGAUCACUCUACCUUCUCAUCGAAAUCAGAUUUCAAUAUGUCAAAAUUGGGUCAUACCUCCGAUGUUUGAUGAAGGUAAUGAUAGUGAAGAAGAAAAUACUUAUCAUAUUUUUGUCCAUGAGAUCGAAAAGGAGGAUUGGCGUCACCUCAUCAUUAAUUAUCUUAAUCAUGGAAAGUUACCAGAAGAUCCUAAGAAAAUGGUUGAUAUACGUCGUCGAGCACCACGUUUCAUUUACUACAAAGGGACGCUUUACCGAAAGUCAUUCGAUGGGAUGUUUCUACGAUGUCUUGGAGAAGAUGAGGCCAUGUAA